UUCCGUUGGAGCUUCUAGCCAGUUCACAGUAGUGCUCUGUUUACUAUUUACAGCAGCGACCCCCUUUCCGUGGCUCUUCUUUGCCUUUAAAGUGUCCCUGCUUUAGGAGAGUUGAGUGUGGUAUUUUUUGGUGAUUCCCAACAAUCAUUUCGAAAAACAGACCAAGCAAAAGACAAAUCUCAAAACAUUUACAACCGAAUCGUCAAUUCGGUUUAUCCUAUUUAACGUCCUUUCAGAAAACGAAAAAGAAAUAGAAAAUCACCAUGUUUUCCCGAAAGUUGUGCAGUGUUUUGACGCCAGCUAAACGCACGGAUAAAGACGACUCAUACGUUGCCAUGUCAAACGGAAGUCGCCCGAGUAUGUCGUCGGUGACAUCGCAGCCACUUUUGACUGACAGAGAGACCUUUGCUCGUAGCUACCGAGUUGGUCACGUCUUGGGCAAAGGCGGUUUCGGCACCGUCUAUGCGGGAAUUCGCGUUCGUGAUGGCCUCCCCGUGGCCAUUAAACACGUCCCGAAGAGUUCCGUCACCGCUUGGGGCCAAGUGAACGAUACAAGAGUCCCGCUCGAAUAUUGUCUGCUUCGUCAAGUGUCCCAAUGCAAUGGCGUUGUCAAGUUGUUGGACGCCUGCGAUACUGGCGACGUCUUCGUCGUCGUCAUGGAGCGGAUGGAAUCGUGCAAAGAUUUGUUUGACUUUAUCACGGAACGCGGUGCUCUACCUGAAUCGAUGGCCAAGAACUUUUUCCGCCAGGUGGUUGAAGCCGUCAUCCAGUGUCAUCGCGCCGGAGUUGUUCACCGUGACAUCAAGGACGAAAACAUUUUGGUGGAUUUAAAAACCUUGACCCUUAAGCUGAUCGACUUUGGCUCUGGCGCCUAUGUUAAAGACACCUACUUUACUGAUUUUGACGGAACGCGAGUUUACUCUCCACCCGAAUGGAUCAACCACCGAAGAUAUAUGGGUAUGCCUGCCACUGUUUGGUCAAUGGGCAUCUUACUCUAUGACAUGGUCUGCGGUGAUAUUCCAUUCGAGGAGAACGAGCAGAUCGUCAGCGCUGUUCUCAAUUUCCCAACAUCCAGUUCGGGGCAUCAGAUUGUCUCUCGGCAAUGCCAGGACUUGAUCCGCCACCUACUCGAGUACUCCCCCUCAGAACGGCCGAGCCUGGAACAAAUUCUGACUCAUCCGUGGUUCUACCCCGACGUGGAAGUGACGAAAGUCGAUGAUGCUUCACCAGUAGAUUGUCUUUCCGCUAUGGAUGCAUCCUCAUCAUCUGCGUUGCCUUCAUCCUGCGCGGCAUCCAUACCUGUUCCAUCGCCUCGUCGUGCGUCUUUCACCUUGGGUGGCUCUUUGCCUUACUCGCUGACACCAUCCGCCUCAACGGCUUCUUCAUCACGCAACAGUAUGACAGAAGAGGUUGACCUGCUCGACUGCGAGUACGCAAUGGAAGCCGUCAUCUAUCACAAGGAGCAAUGGGAUCGUUAAGAAAAGAAAGAGUCUCUUGGCCUAUCAAUCAAGAACUCUUAAAAUGAUGACCCUAGCUUUAAAAAUAACCUUCACAUCCAUCACCGUAGUCAGCGGUGUUAAUGGACCAAAGAUCUUUUUUCCGUCUCUCCUGCAAGUCUUUAUUUAAGGAAAAAAAAGCGAAAAUUCAUGUAAAAAAAUGGAAGCAAAAAAUGAUGUUGUUGUUUACUGCCGUUAACAUCUCAUGCUAAACGACAGAACUCUUUCCUUCGUUUCCGGCACAUCCUAUAACGACCAUGUCGGGAAGAAUGGAGAGAGACACUAAGCAAAUAACAAUUGUGUGUGCUCAGGGUAAUAAAUCGAAUUGUUGGAGAAGAGCAGUGCGUGUGUAAACGGCACGGGAGACGUCAAAAAAAAAAGAGUUCCUAUGCAAACUUUGAAGAAAAAUCUGUCCUGGCGUGUGUAUUAUGUAUAAAAAGAUAUCAUGUAUGCCAACGUGCCUUACUCCUAAAACUGACGUGCCGAGUGUGUGAUCCUCGCGAUUCUCCUGUCAUUCGACUAUGAAUAUAUUGUACAGAUAUUCUGUUUGUAAAUAUGACGCGCCGUGUCAAAAUUGAAAAAUUCGCCUAUUUUUCUAGCCAGAAAAAAAUUUAAAUCUUUUUUUUUUUUUUUUGUGAGUGUGAAUCCCUAAACCGUUUUGUGUGUGUGUACGAAAGCAAAGUGUUUCUUUUUGUUGUUUUGCUUGUGUUAUGUGCCUCUUGAAAAUAUAACUGAUGAAAUACUGA